CGACGGUGUCCGAUCCAUAGACUUCUAUACAGGGUGUCUGACUCGUACCGUACCAGAGCUAAUAUAUAGCUAGAAUAGAUCGGGGUGAGUAAUGAAAUCGGUAUCUUUUUUUAAACAAUCACGUGAUAUUUUAAGAUAUUAACAACGAAAAAUUUCUAUCGAGUGGCAGUCCACUGGCCAAUCAGCACACGCUGCGGUGAAACGAACGUUGUACGCGCUGUAGCAUCGGCAUGACAGAUUAGCCAGCCCAGCCAUUAUUAAUUUCUUAUAAGGAUUAGAUAUCAACAUAUAUUUUUUUUAUUUUUAUAAUAAGUUCUCUUCUUGUUAUUGUUUUCACCUUGUUAUUGUGGGAGUUUUAUUUAUUUUGAUUUUAGUUACACGUCACAAUGUAUUUAACACACAUUUAUUAGAUGUUUAUUACUUCACAUACACGAUAUGCAAACAUAUGUCCGACGACACGUUUAUGUCAAAACGUCAAACACGUAUAUAAGCCACACACUUACGUCAAGAAGGUCGGCUAACCAACAUAUAUUAUUACUUAUUCAGUGUUACUAAUCCACAGAAAUUUAAUUUGAGUUACCUAGGGGUUUUCACUGGUACCAACGCUAUCCCCUCCCUUUUUAUGAAUUUUGUCGAGUAACCAGAAAAAUGCCAGGGCAGCGAUCAUGUAACUUUUCCCCUAGGGCGGAAACGUGAAAAGUUUCACGUGAAUUCGUGAUCACUAAACUCGGUGAAGCGUAGAAACAUGAAACUUUUCACGUAAACUUGUUAGCCAUGAAAUAUGCUGGCAGAAAAGUGAAAAUCUAGUGACAUAAUGAAUACGGAAUAUAUUAUGCUAUUGCUGUGAUGAGAUAUAGGAAAUAACAAUCCUAAAGUUAUAACGAUGUUUUUAAGGUUAUAUGUUCUACAACCGAUGGAUACAGCUGAUUUGGCUGAUAUUGAAAUCAUAUAGAGAUCAUGUUUAGUGAUUUGUGCUUUUCACACAUAGAGUUAUUUGAUUGAGUGAACAAUGAAAAAGUUCACGUGAAAUCAAUAGAAUGAAAAGUAAAAAGUGAAAAAUUUCGCUCGAAGUUAAGUGAUCGCUGCCCAGGUUGCUGUGUUGAGGGAUGCAAAAACCGUGCAACCGCGUCGUGAAAUGGCGGACGAUUGCGGUACUUUACAUAUCUAGUGACUUUAGCGCCUAGCUAUGGCCGUUGAAAUCAGGCCGGUAGCCGCCCUCAAGCUUCUCUCUGCUAGCGAUAUUUUGUUCUUAGAGAACUAAUGGAGAAUUUAUACUGCAUCGACAUUCGACAUACGGCGAUACGAUAUGAUUGUAAAUAUUGCCUUUUCUAAUAAGCCAAGGUUUACCUUUUACUGGAAAUCUUUCUAGGACUCGAUUCUUGACAGCAUACGAAUGAGAUAUACAUGCGAAAAUGUUCACGUUACGUAUACUGUAGAUUUUCUCAUACAUAUCUCAUUCGCACACCGUCAAGAAUCGAGCCUCUAAAGAUAACAAUUUAACCCUACUCAAUCAAGACAUCUCAAAUAAUUUAAUAAGACUGGCUAAUAGUAAAUUCGACUGGAAUAGUAAUUUCGGAUCAUAUCAAAAGAAAAGGACGACGACACGAUAUCCAAUUCUAUUGGUUGUCAGGCACAGUAUGAAUUCUGCAUAAUAACGAAUACACAACGGUGAAUAAUUUUAAAUUACAUGUAUAUCGACCAAUCAUAUGUCGAUGAUAAGGAAUUUCUCAUUGGUCGAACGUCGUGACCACUUUGAGUGCGUUCGAGAACAGUGAGUCAUUUGAAAAGCACCAUAUUCACAGAGUGUUCAAGGAGAAAAAAAAAUUUGUAUUGCUCACAACAGCGACAUACACGAUACAGUUUGCACCAGGCAAUAUUAAGACGUUUGGAAAAAUGGCUGUUUCGUCGGAGGAUGUCAUAAACACAGAUCUCAAUGAUCCUGUAACAAAGGCAGUGGUUGAUAAUAUAAUGGGCAAUUUGCCUACUAAGAAGCCACUUGUACGUUGUGAAGACUGUGACCUUUCCUUCACAAGCCAAACAGUAUUAGAUACACAUUUACAAGGUGCACGUCAUGCCAAACAGUUAAGAUCAAAGAAUAUAAUGGCAUCACUUGAAGAGACAAAAAUCGGAUUUACAAAAGAUGAAGAAACAAAUGGGUUAAAAUGCAAUGUAUGUAAUGUGUGCCUGAAUUCUAUCCAGCAGUUACAAACACAUCUCAAUGGAAGCCGCCAUAAAAAGAAAUUAAUGAGAGGUGGAUGGGAUGGCAAAGGGGUUGUCACCCAAGGCGCUUCAUUGGCAUCGUCAACCAGUAAUGAACAACCGCCUAUGAAAGGUCCUAUGAAAGGGGUUUCACUUAGCUGCGAUAUAUGUAUCAAAUUCUUCAAUUCCCCGAUUCAAUACAAUAUGCAUAUGAAUUCGGAAAAACAUGCUGAAAAGCUGAGGAAGGUUAAGAAUCCGAACAAGAAAAGAUUUACUCCAUAUUGGAAAAAAACGAAACCGUAUACAACCGCUAAAGGUGAAGUACAAUCCUUGUCGAACAACUUUGUGUCGGGCGGUUUUACUUACCAACCGUAGGGAAUUUAUUAAAUAACUCUUGAAAUUUUUGCUUUUAA